GGUCUUGGGCCGUGCGCCGUCCGGGGAGCCGUCCCCGCAAGCGAAGUCAGAGGCGCCUUCGUGGCCCUGAUGGCAUCCGACCAGGAAGCCGAGUACAUGAGCUCUUGCAGGAAGAGGUGGACAUCCUUCAACUUCAAGCUGAAAUGGCUUCAAAGGCUGAUGAGGCAGUCAGACGAGGUCAUAGAUGUGACAGCUCCGUUUUUGAUGGCGAGGUCCUUUGUGUGAGUAUGCCUUCAUGCAGCGCACGGCGUCGCCAUAUGGAGCAUGAGCUUUCCCGCUGGGGUUUCCCAGCUCCGCGCUUCGUCGAAGCGUUUGGACCGGAAGAUGAGGAGGUGCUAAAAUGGUUCAACUCCCCGCGCGUGGCAAAGUUCCCGCCCUGCUUUCGGUGCGGCUUGGUCUCCGAGUGCUGUUGUGCCAACAACGAUAUGCUCCAGGAGCAGAUUGCCAAUUGGCUUUCCUUUCGAAAGGCCUGGGCUGAAAUCGCCAACUCCAAGAAGGAGUGGCACCUGCUUGUGGAGGAUGAUUUGAAGUUCACGCACAAAGCUGCGGAGUGUUGGAACGAACUUGUAACGAGAGACCUAUUGAUUGAGUUCUCAGGCACACCAUGCGUGCUGCGUUGUGGCUGGCAGCUUGGGGUCGAGUACUUCGAUGAGGAUCCAGCAGAACUACUUCCCGAUGUUGUGAGGAUGUCCAAUCACUGCUCACUGAUGAACCGCUCUAUGGCGCAAGAGCUUCUUCUCGGCAGCGAGGAUCAUAUUUCUGCUACAUCGGACGUUUUUACACACGAGAUUGUGGCGCCGAACCAUAAUCACCUGACUAUGUUUCCGCCAAUCUCUUACGAUCUUUCCUUUGCACUGAAGGUUCCUUCGUUGAUCCGUCCCAAAGGAACUCGUGAGGAUGAUCUUCACCAUGCUAUGGCCGUGGAGCGUGCUCGGCGGGUAGAGCCUGAAAACAUCCGCCUUUGGCUCCAAACCUUGGUGUGGAUUCGUGAAGCGAACUGUCCUCCCGGGGAGAUCGUGAAGGGCUGGGCAAAGCUCACGGAUGGACAGGAGGAGUUCCCCGUUCGUGUGGUUUGUGACCUUCGUGAACCUCCUUCUUGGAUUUAUGCAGCCUAUCGUUUCUUUGUGGGCCCGGCAGCCUUCCGACCUCGAGACUUCCGCCACGUGGAUUUAGACUGGGUGAGACGCACAGACUUGGCGUUUCCGUUCUGAGAGCCCAAAAGAAGUAGCAGACUGUUGAGUGUGAACUUUGCUUUUUGACUCUUUUUCUUCUUUGAGAUUUAUCCUUUUGAUGACGAACG